AUGAGAUGUACCUGCACUUCACACCAGGAGGCUCAGGGAGCUGAUGUCUUUCAUGUUGAGGCCUUGGCCUCGAGUCGGCAGAUGGGAGGUAGACCAGCACCUGCUGGCAAUCAAGGGACGAUCCUGAGAGAGGACUGAGAGGAGCACCCACCAGAAAGAGGGGCCCAGAGAGCUCCCGACUGUCAGUCUUGAAGGCCCCAGACAUGGCUGCUAGGCUCAGGCCCCAGACACUUCCUGCUGGGGUACCCGAGGGAAGUGAGAGGCAUGGUCUGCGCCCAGCGGACUCAGCUCAGCAGAGGGAGAAGCCCCAGGACCCGCUGAGAGCCCACGGAAGGUGCACGUGCUCCUCGACCCGCCGGCUCUCCCCUGGAACCCCGCCCCUGCUGUCCUCCCAGAGGCCCGGAUGUGCGUGACCAGAAGCCAAAGCGACGUCCCUGUCACCACACUCAGGGCCUGACGCCAUUCCUGAGAGCUGCCGCCCAGGGUGAGCAGAGGGAGGAGCCCCGCGUCCUGUCAGGUGUCCAGGUGUCCUCCUCGCCUGCUUCCCUGCCCGCAGUCCUGCCUGCUGCUGUCCCUGACCUGUGUCAUCAUGCCUCGGGGGCAGAAGAGCAAGCGCCGUGCCCGCAUGAAGCGCUACCAGGCCCGGUUGGAGACCCAGAAUCUCCAGGGUGCACGGGCCACUGAAGCUGCCGCAGCAGAGGAGGAGACCCCCUCCUCCCCCCCUUCUGUUUCUCAGGGUUCUCCCCCGAGCUCCCCUGCCGCUGGCACUAGCCAGCAGCCUGAGGGAGCCGUGGCCCCCGGCUCUCCCGAGGCGGGGGGUGCGUGCUCGGGGUCUGAGCAAGGUGCCCAGAGCCAAGAGGAGAGGGCCAGCGCCUCCCAGGCAGCAUGCUCCGCUCAGAGCUCUCUCAGAGAUCCUCUGACCAGGAAGGCGUGCGAGUUGGUGCCGUUCCUGCUGGAGAAGUACAAGACCAAUGAGCCCAUCACGCAGACAGCCCUGCUGAAGAUCGUCAACAGGAAGUACAAGGAGCACUUCCCCGAGAUCCUCAGGAGAGUCUCUGAGCGCUUGGAGCUGGUCUUUGGCCUGGAGCUGAAGGAGGUCGACCCCAGCAGUCACUCCUAUGCCCUGGUCUGCAAGCUGGGCCUCCCCAGCGACGAAAAUCUGAGUGGUGAUAGGGGGCUGCCCAAGUCUGGUCUGCUGAUGACGCUCCUGGGCGUGAUCUUCCUGAAGGGCAACCGUGCCACCGAGGAGGAGGUCUGGGAGUUCCUCGGUGCGUUGGGGGUCCACCCU